AUGGCGCCCCCAGUCGCACUGCACGUCGCGUCGCUGCUGUCCGUUGCUAAUUCCGCCGUCACGGUUGUGAUCGUCAUGGCGGCGAGGUGCGCUAUGUCGAAACCCGCUCGCCCCGUCACGGAUCCCUGUCGCGCUGCUGGUGUGGCCCCUCGUUCUGCUCAUCGCGACAUUUGGCGGGCCCAUGUUUUGCCCGCGUUUCACUCACCCCCAACCGUCCUUACUCCUCUCGCCGCUCAUCGUCACCUCCUCGUCGCCCGUCGUCAGCUCACUGCCACCCAUCGUCAGCUCACCGCCGCCCAUCGUCAGCUCCACGCCGCCCAUUGCGCACCAACAGCUAUCCUCGCCCGCCCUCCCAUCGGCCCCUAUGCUGUUGCAGCGGCUGUACAUUCCGCACCUGCAGAUGUUGUGUCGCCCGGUGCAGCCUCCAUGCGAUUCCCCAUCGCAUUCCCUUUCAUGACUGCGGCUGUGGGGGGGGGUCGUGUGGAAGGGGUGGCCACCGUGAGCCACUCCAUCACCACCCUCUACCCUGCCUUUCCCCUCCCGCGGCUGCUGCUGUGGGGAAGGUGGUGGGGGCGGGGUGGGUGGGGGGGCUGGCCGCCGUAUGAAGAUCUGUGCAGGGACCAUCAUGGGUGUUUGAGGGGUUUCGCCACGAUUGGCUCCCCCCCACCUCCUCUCCUCAUCUAUCUCUCACCUCUCCCUUUGUAA